AGUGAUCCCGAGGUGUUCACCGAUAGUUGGCGAUCGUCCCGGUUUUCACGCGAUAAAUCUUCUUCGUCGCUCCCGACUCAAGCUGUCUCCCACAGUUAUCGCUGCUCCGUGAAACAGACGCAAUACCGAUGGCGGAACACUGAGAUCAUUGAGAGGUGACUGGAAGAUCUAGUCGCGCUCCACGGAAUCACCAUCGAGGUAUCCAGCCAGGUCACACGAGGAUCAUGAAAAUGGUGCUGUCUCAACGUCAGAGGGAGGAGUUAAAUAAGGCGAUCGCGGAUUACCUUAGCACGAAUGGCUAUCAGGAUGCACUGGAGGCAUUCAAGAAAGAAGCCGAUAUGCCGGGAGAGGUGGAAAGGAAAUAUGGAGGCCUCCUGGAGAAAAAGUGGACUUCAGUUAUACGGUUGCAGAAGAAGGUAAUGGAACUGGAGUCUAAACUCUCCGAGGCAGAGAAAGAAUUCAUAGAAGGCGCACCAACACGUGGCAAAAGAUCACCGUCCGAAUGGAUACCGAGGCCACCAGAAAAGUUCAGUCUAUCCGGACACAGAGCCCCUAUCAAUAGAGUUAUUUUCCACCCAGUUUUUAGUCUUGUAGUCUCCGCCAGCGAAGAUGCUACCAUUAAGGUAUGGGAUUUUGAAAGUGGCGACUUCGAGAGAACGCUCAAGGGUCACACUGACAGCGUGCAAGACAUUGCGUUCGAUACCUCGGGCAAGCUACUCGCCUCUUGUAGCGCGGACAUGUCCAUCAAACUGUGGGAUUUCCAUCAGUCAUUCGCUUGCGUCAAGACCAUGCACGGUCACGACCACAAUGUCAACUCGGUCGCGUUUGUGCCGCAAGGUGACUUCGUGGUGAGCGCCUCCAGGGAUAAAACCAUCAAGAUCUGGGAAGUGGCGACGGGCUAUUGUGUGAAGACGCUUACGGGACAUAGGGAAUGGGUGAGAAUGGCGCGAGUUAGCCCAUGCGGCGAACUCAUCGCCAGCUGCUCGAACGAUCAGACUGUUCGAGUAUGGCACAUUGCGACAAAGGAGACUAAGGUCGAGUUCAGGGAACACGAGCACGUGGUAGAAUGCAUCGCAUGGGCACCGGAGAACGCGAGAGCGUCGAUCAACGCGGCGGCUGGAGCGGACAAUAAGGGCGCACACGAAGGGCCCUUCCUCGCUUCCGGCUCACGGGACAAGAUGAUCCGCGUGUGGGAUGUCGGCGCUGGGGUGUGCCUUUUCACCCUCGUUGGGCACGACAACUGGGUGCGAUGCAUCGUCUUCCAUCCUGGCGGCAAGUUUAUCGUCAGCGCGUCCGACGAUAAGACGCUGCGAGUCUGGGACACGCGCAAUAAGCGAGUAAUGAAGACCCUUGAAGCGCACCUUCACUUCUGCACUUCUGUCGAUUUCCACAAGAACCAUCCUUAUGUGGUCACCGGGAGCGUCGAUCAAACGGUGAAGAUUUGGGAGUGCCGCUAGUCACCGAAUUUUAAAUUUUCCGUCAGACGUCGUGUGCGGAAGCGAACGGAAAUAUAAAUGAGAGAAAAGACGAACGCGCAUCCAUUUUAAUGGAAUCGGCCGAAAGAGUAAGCUGCUACAAAAGCUAUCGUACAUAUAUGCUAUUAAUAUUAAUAUUAUUAUAUUAUUAUACAUAAACACACAUAAACACGUAUGGUUAAGAGCUCUUUAAUUAAUUUAUAAAAAUAAAGUAUAAUUAGUAAUUAUAUUAUAAAAUACAUCGUUUUACGGCAAUGAACUGCACUAUCGAGGAGAGUGAAUCGAGAAACGGUUACGAGGAUCGAACGAUCGAGAGGACGUUCCCACGAGUUCUUAUUACCUACGAUCACCUACGGGACGUGGGGUCACUAAUGCCAUAUACAAUUACAAGAGUUAUAUUCCUUUAGGCAAUUGUGCAAUUGUAGUAGGCAUUAUUCUGUACAUAUACUGUGUUUUUACUCGCAGCGCGAAAUUUUGUCGUUAAUGAGUAUAACUCGCCUUUGAUUUAUUCUUACUCUCUUCGUCUGCUUAUGCGAUUGUAUCCAUUAAAAUAUUAGUUACCAGCUGAUUGUAUACACACGUACACGCGCGCACUCGCGCAAAGAGAGAAGAAGAUCGUCCUCCUCGAUUAUCACCUUGCAUAAGAACGCGUCGAAUCUCUUUAACUUUCUGACAGUGACGAACUUUCGGCUGUGGCGUCACCUCCGCGCAACUAUGAUGGUAACUAAUUCGUGUUGUCACUUAUAUAUCCAUACGCUCUCCUCGAGAGUUUUUGAGAGAACGAAGAUGUUGCUCCUUCUUUACUCAUAUUAUAUAUAAAUAUAUACACACAGUAUACACACAUACAUAACACACACAUGUAUAGACGCGCAUGUCUUUGUAUCAUACAAAGUAUCGAGUGUUAAUGAUCGUCUAAUGUCGACUCACGUGUGUCCUGAGUUAUCACAUUUGCCGUAAAACAUCUAUUUUGUGGGACACGUAACAUAAUGUCGCAAAUAUAAAUCGGAUGAUAUACAAACAAAUACAUAGUACGACAAAGAUUAUCUCGAUCGCAAACGAAUAAGUUAUUACACGUCUGUGUAGAUCGGAUUCUCUUGAAACGGCAUGUCCCUUUUGGAAUUUUACUGAAUUUACGUAUGUCAUGUAUACUCUCACAAAGGGUGCGUUCCGUUUCAUGCAUGGAUCGACAGGGCAUCACAUGUGCGCAUUCACUCGUUUUUCCCUUUUUCCUAUCAUUCUGGAUGCGUUUCGUUUCAUGCAUGAUGCGCAUGGAGAGCGCAUGAGAUUGUUCCGUUUCACUCCAUGCGCAGUUUAUCCACUUACGGGAACGGUUUCCCGCGUCAUACCGCGCAGCGCAUGAGAGCACAUGGACUAUCUCAGCUCUUCAGGUGGUACAGUCCAUGCGCGAGGGUUAUUUAGAGACGAGAAAAAGACUGUUCCGUAAAGUUCGUUACAAAUUGUGAAGAUUUAUUAUUCUGAAAUUUAUAACAAAUUUUCUUGAAAAAGCUACACGUUUAUAUUGAUGAUGAAUUAUGUUUAACAUAUUUGAUGAUGAGUUUCAAGCGCUUAUAAAUUGUUCCGUUUUUCUAUGCGCAGUAAGAGUAAUGGGAAAAAGAGAACGAGCCAACGACUAUGUUCAGCGGAGAAAAUUGAUCAGUGAGCGUUCAGUGAUUUUUUUGAUAUGAUUGGAUGCAUUCAGUACUACAACUGCUCUUUGAACGCUCAGUGAGUUCUUGCAUAUGAUUGGCAUAUUUGAAAAUCUUCAAGAUUUGUACAUUUCUGAUGAUAAAAUAAAUUAAGGAAAGUAAUAAAGAUAAAGUUAAUUAAAAAUAAUUAAGGAAAGUAAAAUAAUAAAGUGUAAACUGAGAGAAUCAGGAAAUCGCUCGAUGGGAUUUAAAGAACAUUUUGUAGAAUGGUGAUGGAAAAUAGAUUUAUGCGCCAUGUGUUUAGUGUUGUUGCGCAAUUAUGCGUUUAUCAUGCAUUAAUAAUAAUAAUAAUGUUACACAAUGGACAGCCGAAUCUAGAGAAUGCGACUGAAACUUGAGCGUCUGAAUAGAAUCGAUUGGAGAAGAAACUCGUGAGGCGUAACGUGUGAAAGUUUUUAGAAGCGCAUAGUUCAUUGCGUGGGUUCCAAGAGAAGGUGGUACUAGUUGUAUCUUUUUAGUUCUAACUAGUAUUAGUGGUAGCACAUUACGUAGACGAUAGAAAGAAGAUAAGGGAAUAAACCUCGAAGAGAACAUGAAGUUAAGGGAGGCUCCCAGAUGUUCACAUCCCAGAGUUGAACACAUCUACUUACAUCGGUCAGUGAAUAGUAAUUUUGCAGUCUACGACCAAUGAGAACAUAUUAUCUCGCUUUAGCCAAUUAGCGAUGUGUCCAAUUGAGAUCCUCCCGAAGUUAACGAUUGAUUAACACACAUACAUACAAAUUUACACGUCAUACAUACUUACACAGACAUACGAAAGGUCUUAAAGCGUCCGAUUUUUCAGGCAUUCAAUAAGAAGGAAACAUUUACACACGUGUAUAAAACGUAUAAUCCACAAGAAAAAAGAAAUCAAUAAUCGAUAAAUCGCUUAAUUAAGGAUAAUUUUUCCAACACGGUACACCUACUGACUGCUACCUUCUCCUAUUGUUUAUUCAACCAAGUAUAAAACAACAAAUCCUCCCUUACCCGAGAAGAAACACUCCUCAAUUAAAUGUGGUACUAAAUUAUUUUGGUGAAUAAUAAACAGAGUUGUCACUGAGUCGUGAGAUCGUUAUAUACUACAAGUCAUACCUAUGCAAUUCGUAUUCGGAACAGCAUAAUUCUUUUCAUUCUUUAACGACAUAAUUUCUUUUUUUUUUAUUAUUUGCAGGUCUCAUAUUAAUCUAUUCCGAGUAUGCGUCUAGGAAUGCGCAGACGACUCCGUUGUACCUACUAGAAUUUUUGUAGUUUCAAUCGGAGCAGUAUAGGUUUAGGGUUUCUCCCUUCUAACUCUGCAGUACAUUAAUCGACAUGUGCAUGACAGUAUUUUAUAUAGUACAAUAGAGCAAAGAGAAUUAGCAACGUAGCAUUGUAAGCGAGACGCAUACCAAACAUCCCUGUGCGUGUUUAUACGUAGAUGAUGUAAUAAAAAAAAAAGAGAAAAACAACACGAAAAGUUAUGUUAUAGCGUCGCCUGUCAUUCGUCACGAUUCGUCACGAUGGCUUCUAUGACUCGCUUUCUACCUGCUUGGGAAAUAAUGGUACCAACAAGUAGAUUUACAAUAAAGUAUUCUUCGUCAUUUGUGAUACACA